AUGGAAGAUAUACCCCAGAGGAGUUUUGGGAUUGAUUAUGACCGUGGGUGCUUUGUGAAGGAUGGGAGACCCUUCCGUUACAUCUCGGGCAGCAUCCACUACUCCCGGGUGCCCCGCUUUUACUGGAAGGACCGUCUGGUGAAGAUGAAGAUGGCAGGGCUUGAUGCCAUUCAAACGUAUGUGCCAUGGAACUACCACGAACUUCAGCCAGGCACCUAUGAUUUUUCUGGUGACAAAGACCUAGAGUAUUUCCUGGAGCUUGCCAACGAGACUGGUUUGCUGGUUAUCCUGAGAGCUGGACCUUACAUCUGUGCAGAAUGGGACAUGGGAGGGCUUCCUGCAUGGCUGUUGGAGAAGACAUCCAUUGUGCUCAGGUCUUCUGAUUCAGAUUACCUGGCAGCAGUAGAGAAAUGGAUGGGUGUCCUUCUGCCAAAGAUGAGACCUCACCUCUAUGAAAAUGGAGGUCCAAUUAUCAUGGUGCAGGUGGAGAAUGAGUAUGGGAGCUACUUCGCUUGCGACUAUGACUACCUGCGUUCCCUCCUGAAGCUCUUCCGCCAGCACCUGGGGGAUGAGGUGGUGCUCUUCACCACUGAUGGUGCCAGCCAGUUUCACCUGAGGUGUGGAGCUCUUCAGGGUCUUUAUGCAACAGUGGACUUUGCCCCAGGUGGCAACGUCACAGCAGCAUUCUUAGCUCAGAGGAGCAGUGAACCUUCAGGCCCUUUGGUUAAUUCUGAGUUCUACACUGGCUGGUUGGAUCACUGGGGGCAUCGUCACUCUGUUGUGCCUACAGAAACCAUAGCUAAAACACUUAAUGAAAUCCUGGCACGUGGUGCUAAUGUCAACCUGUACAUGUUUAUAGGUGGGACUAACUUUGGCUAUUGGAAUGGUGCUAACAUGCCCUAUAUGCCACAGCCCACUAGUUAUGACUACGAUGCUCCACUGAGUGAAGCGGGAGAUCUGACAGAAAAAUACUUUGCCUUGAGGGAAGUCAUUGGUAUGUAUAAACAGUUACCAGAAGGUCUCAUCCCUCCAACAACACCCAAAUUUGCAUACGGGAGAGUUCGCUUGGAGAAGGUGGGCACUGUGGUGGAGGUUCUGAACAGGCUGUCAUCUGCUGGACCAGUGAAAAGCACUUACCCAUUAACCUUUGUUCAGCUAAAGCAGUAUUUUGGGUUUGUGCUGUACAGAACCACGCUUCCAAAAAACUGUACUGAGCCAACACAACUGUCUGCACCCUUCAAUGGAGUCCACGACCGAGCCUACGUCUCCGUUGAUGGGGUUCCUCAAGGUGUUCUUGAAAGGGAAAAAACCCUGAUGAUAAAUAUAACUGGGAAGGCUGGAGCAAAUCUGGACAUCUUGGUAGAGAAUAUGGGCAGAGUCAACUUUGGUAGAUACAACAAUGACUUUAAGGGUCUAGUUUCAAAUUUAACUCUUGGUGAAGAUAUCCUUGUUGAAUGGGAAAUCUAUCCUCUAGACAUAGAUGGAGCAGUGAAGCAUGGCAUUAAUGGUUACCUUGAGGAACCAGAGAGAUCUGUGGACAAUCCACUGGGCUAUGAAGCACCUGCUUUUUACAUUGGGACACUUUCAAUUCCUGAAGGGAUUCCAGACUUGCCUCAAGACACCUACGUCAGUUUUCCUGGCUGGACAAAGGGGCAAAUUUGGAUCAAUGGCUUCAAUCUGGGUCGCUACUGGCCAGCCCGUGGUCCUCAGCUGACCCUUUUUGUCCCACAGAACAUCCUUGUUUCCUCAGUGCCCAACAACAUAACAGUGCUGGAGCUGGAGGGUUCUCCCUGCAGCACCCAGGCGUGUGAGAUAGAAUUUGUAGACACACCUAAUAUCAAUGCAACCACACUGUAUGAAAAUGCUGCAGCCCAGCUCUUUGUUAGAGACACGUGGCUGAGCCAUCUAUAA